UUCUGUGAGAGACGGCGAACACAGCCGCCGAUUCACCUGCACUCCGAGCGGGGGACAGACAUCCAGCAGCCGGCCAGCACCUGAGCUGGACGCUGUGGCGGCAGAACUAAAGCGCACAGGACAGGAGGAGGUUAUUUAACCUUACUCUGGAAAAUACACAAAGAGUUGUGAUGAAAGUCCAAUGACACAUCUCAGAGCUUCUUUUUCCAAUCUUACAACCUGUCUGUAAACCCACCUCGGAGACAGGGUACAUCGACUCCAGUCGAGGCGCGAGGCUUUAACCAACACAACAUCUGCCCAACUCAAACCUGAAGGAAUUUCGAUACUUCACAUCCGCAACAACCGGCCACAAUGUACCGCUCGACCAAAGGAGCAUCCAAGGCUCGACGGGACCAGAUCAACGCCGAGAUCCGGAACCUGAAGGACUUGUUGCCAAUCUCCGAUGCAGAUAAAGCGCGGCUGUCAUACCUGCACAUCAUGUCGCUUGCCUGCAUGUACACCAGGAAAUCCGUCUUUUUUAAUCAAGAAGCGGGAGCUGCUGGUGGUGUAGAGGAGAGCGCCAGGUUUCUGUCUUUCCACGAGUUGUCGGAGUUGAUGCAGGCGCUGCCGGGCUUUUUGAUGCUGCUGACGGGGGAAGGAAAGCUCCUGUAUCUGUCAGACAGCGUCUCUGAGCAUCUCGGACACUCCAUGGUGGACCUUGUGGCACAGGGGGACAGCGUGUACGAUAUCAUUGACGCUUCAGACCACUUCAUAAUGAGGAGCAACCUGUCGGCAUCCACGUCACUUGAGAUUGAUCAUCUCUUCCGCUGCCGUUUCAACACUUCCAAGUCUGUGCGGAGGCAGAGUGCUGGGAACAAGCUGGUCCUGAUCCGAGCACGCCGCCUCUCUCCCCCCUCUUCUUCUCUCGCCACAAGCUCCUACUGGACCUCCAACCCUGUCUGGGUGUGUUUUUGCUCCCCUCUGGAGCCUCAUCCGACCCGCUCCGGGGCAGAGAGGGAUUCAUCCUCUACACCUCCUCUAGCUGAGACUAACCUGUUCCUGGCCUGCUUCUACUCCCAGCACGGCCGGGACAUGCGGCUGCAGGCCGCACAGAACAGUGUGAGCACAUAUCUUGGCUUUGAUGUGACAGCUUUACGCUCGCGCUCCUGGUACAGCCUCCUCCACCCACAGGAUCUGUCACAUGCCUCCGCUCAGCACCGCAGCCUAUUGAGAGAGGGAGGAGAAGGCAGGGCUGAGAUGGUAGUGCGCUUGCAGGCUCAGGACCAGACUUGGGUUUGGAUCUACAUGGUGCUACAGCUGCAGCCUGGAGAAAUCCCCAUCAGCAGCAACAACUAUGUCAUCAGCGAGUCAGAGGCCUGGUCGGUGCGCCAUCAGCUAAGCUCAGAACAGACCCAGCUGACACUGGUCCUGAGUGCUGGAACCUCUCAGCAGGAGGGUCUGAGCCUCCAGUCUCCAGAGACCCUGUCCAGUCCAGACCAGGUCUUCACCCCGGGCAGCAGUGGCCUUUCUGGCCAGUCCUUCGACUUCAGCACCGCGGGCUGCAGCGUGGGCUCCUCUGAUGAACCUGGGAGCUCUGCUGCUGAGGCCAUGCAGGUGGAGGGAGACCCCCGCUCCAGCAUCUCCUCUAUGGAGGAGGAAAGCUUCUUUCAGCAGCACCUGCCAGAGAACCCCUCCACUGCCUCCUCCCCCACCCCGGUCACUGUUGAGACAGUAGCAGACUUAGACUUUUUAACUCAGAACAUCCUCUUACCGCCAUCCUUCCAGCUCGACCCUCCCCUCCCCUCUCUCCCCCUGCCCCUCCCCCCAGCGCCCACCCCACAGGCUCAGCAGACCAAAGAGUUUGUGUGCACACCCCCCUACACCCCCCACAUUGGAGGGGCAGCCUUCCCGUUCGGUGAACCCCUCUUCAGCUUCGACCCCACUGGCACUACCACCCCUCCACCCUCUGCUACAACAGCCUGUGCCACCACCUCCAUUGCCCCUUCAGUGUCACCCUCAGCCCCACCAACCACUGCCUCCAGCCCUGCACCCCCCACCACGCUGUCUGCUAAACUCCCCCUCGCUCUUCCCGUUUCAUCCAGUGACUUCCUAUUUUCUAUCGAGCCUUGCAGUGGCUCUCUCUAUGAGAAACUGCCCCCUACCCCCGACAGCCCAGGAGAUGGAGACUGCACAUUGAUGACCCUACCUGAAGUACGGGGUCCGCUCUAUGUGGACGUACCACUGGGGCCCCUCCAGUGUCCCCCUGAGGGCCUCCUCACCCCCGAGGCCUCUCCUGGUAAACAGCCCUGCCUCUCUUUCUUCUCACUGGAGAGAGAGCGGGAGAAGGAACGGGCGGAGAUCUCCCUCUUAGCUCAGCACAUCAGCUCUCUGGCUGAGGGGUUCUACCUGGAUCCCCUCCUGUCCAAACUUUCUCCUCCCUCAAUGUCCCCCUCCUCCUCCCCUCCCUCCCCCUUCCUGUCUCUUCCCACAGACACCACAGAUGUAGAUUCAGUGCACAUGCUUAGGGAGUUUUAUCCCAUUAAAGCAUGGCGAGGUCUGGACAUUCCCAUCUUCCUUGAUGACGAUGAAUCUCUGUUUGAAGAGAGCGUCCUAGAAACCCUCCUCCAAGAUGACUUCACUCCUCCUCAGCCCAAGCUUUCCUCCCCCUCCCCCUCCCCUAUACCAAAUUCCUCAAGCCCGACCUCUCCGCAGACCCCUGUGUGCUGGCACCAACCCUCCCAGUUUGAGGGAGUGGGCCACUUCUGUAGCGUCCAAUCGGCGCGUUGUAACUCCAUGGCCGGGUGUGGGGCGACUGUGGCGGCUGAGGCCGGGGCCAAAGCGGAAGGGGAGGGGCUAGCGGAGGAAGCCAUGGAGAUUGAGGUGGUGUCAUCUCCUGUGUCCUCCUGCUCCUCCAUCCCGGCUUCCCCUCCUCUCAUCCUCACUGCCUCCCCUGGCCCCGCCACCUCCUCGCCCAUUGUCUCGCCCUCACCCGCUGUGUCUUGCACUCAGUCCCUCCUGGAGGAACUGUCCGUCCUGGAACCCAUGUUUGGGGCAGGUGCCUCGAUCGCCCCUGGCUUAGGGCAACAACCUGAGUUGUAUCAACUCCAAUGUCAUCCAUCGCCACAGUGCUUCCACAAAGAUGGGAGUGGAAGUGUUCCUCCGUUCUAAAAUAAGUCUGUGACUUACUUCAUUAAGUAUGGCAUAUUGUCAUAUUUUGUGGAGCCCCUUUUACUGAAAAGUAAAAAAUAAUUAAGUGUAUAAAUAUACAUAAUGUAUAUACGAAUUAAGGACUUUAAUGCCUACAUGUCUCCUGAGAACAAAGAUUGGCUUUAUAUUUUUGUUCAGUCAUUAAUCUGUAAAAAUCUACAAACCUGGUGCAACAUAAACAUGAUGGUGCAACCACAUGGACCCAUAACUGACUGGGUUUUGAGUCCAUGUGGUGUCUUUCAGCUUCUCUGUAACAUGAGCUUCAGAUAUGAUCAGAGAAAACUCUCUGAAAUUGUUUUGCGCUGUUUUACUUCCAGACGCGCAUUUGUAUUCACUCGUAGUGAAAAUCUGUUGUGAACAAAAACAUUAUUGCUAUUUCAAUAGGGAAAUAGGGAAUUAUAGCAUUUUUGCCUGUUAUGCAGCAAUGCAAACCCAAACCUCAAAUGUAUUGGAAGUCAAAUGUUUACAAUUUUUAUGCAUCCUUAGGAUGAGCACUAUCUGUAUUUCAAAUUAAGAGAGAUAACCUGCAUCAGAGCUAGAACAGCUCUGCUUUAAAAGCACCUUAUUUUCCUCCAAGCCUUCAAGGCGACUUCAAACAGAAAUCGACUUUAAACCUGAAAUACUUUGAGCUUUGAGUUUGCUGCUUCAAACCUUUAACUUUUCAUAUUUAUCUCUCCAUCUACAAUUUUGUGUAUCAAUGUGAUGUGCAAACAAAAAAGAGAACAUCUGAAGAGAUGCCGGCAUGUGAAGAUCUCCAAAAUGUUAAAAGUGUUUGUUACUUUUACGAGAUGUUAAACCAAACAAGAGAAUGUCUGGAAGUUUGCCAGAGCUCCGAUCAUGCCACAAACACACUGCUUUUGUCGUACUGUACAUUAGACUCUGAAUGUGAGCUCUUCAGGUCCCUACUGGUCUUGGGGACAGUCAGCUGGAUAUUGUUGCAGCAUCAAUAUUUGCAAUGCUGGCAGCAUAUAGCGGCUCCUGUGUGCCUGAGAUGGCCCUGACCUGCUGAACUCUUUCUACUGUCCAUGACACGUGGACUUUUACAUCGAUGCUCCACUGGAGCGCGGUGAAACGAGGCACAAUUGACUAUGUGAAUGAGUGAUUCUUCUUUUUUGAGAGGGGUUAGAAUACACAAAGUUUUGUUUUAAAAAAUGAAAAUAGGGAUGGGGUGCUAUUUCUAUUCAGUUACCAAGCGACACGGGUUGAGAAUGGUACUAUUCCCAUGGUGUCGACAUGCUCACGUAGAGUUGUCUACGGUCAAGUAAAGGAUUGAUUCCUACGUUCUAGCUAUUCAAGGCUAAGUUAAUAUACAUGUGUAAAAUUACUAUAUUGUAUGUGUGACAUUGAAAAAAAUAUGUUAUUACAUAUGCAUUAUGUCUGUGGAUAUAGGCAUAUGAUCUUUUCAGAAAGGUUGUACACAUUUGUACAUUUGUAUGAAAUUGUUAUUGGCCUGUAUAUAUGAGAAAGAGAUUUUUAUCGCCUAAAAUGGAAUAUAUUCUGAACAUCUUACUUACUGCAGAAUGGACAUUGUGGACCAGUGUUCUUUUGUGUUGCUUAUAAGUGUAUUUGAUUGUCAUACAAAUGCAUUUAUAUUAAAGUGCACUUAAUGCGA